CUUCUCGCUUUGCGGCGGCGCUGUAGUCCCGUUUCACGACGCGGCGCUCGCUUUGCGGCGGCCAUGGCGGCGCGCUUCAGCGGGGUGCUGCAGCUGACGGAGCUGGACGAUUUCAUCGCCCCCUCGCAGGAGUGCUCCCAGCCCGUGCAGGUGCGCCGGGGGCCGGGCACAGCCGCAGCCAGGAUCCGCAUCGAGCCCGAUGGAAGCUACGUCCAGCUCAGCCAGGAUGGGGAAGCACAGAAGCUGGAGAAGGCCAAGAUCAGCCUGAACGAUUGCCUGGCCUGCAGCGGCUGCAUCACCUCGGCCGAGAGCGUCCUGGUGAGCCAGCAGAGCCACGGGGAGCUCUGCAGGGUGCUGGCCCUCAACAAGGCUGCUGCUGCCCACGAGCAGAAGCUGGUGGUGGUUUCUGUGUCCCCCCAGUCCAGAGCCUCCCUGGCUGCCAGGUGCCAACUGGGGCUGCUGGAGACAGCCCAGAAGCUGACCACCUUCCUCAAGGGUUUAGGUGUGCACCACGUGUUUGACACGACUUUCUCCAGGAAUUUCAGCCUCCUGGAGAGCCAGCAGGAGUUUGUGAGGCGCUUCCGCAGACAAGCAGAGGACAAAAAGGCCCUGCCCAUGCUGGCCUCUGCCUGCCCAGGCUGGAUCUGCUACGCAGAGAAAACCCACGGCAGCUUCAUCCUUCCCCACAUCAGCACCACCAAAUCCCCCCAGCAGGUCAUGGGCUCCCUGGUCAAGGGCUACUUUGCAGAGCAGCAGCACCUGUCCCCUGACAGGAUCUACCACGUCACUGUCAUGCCCUGCUAUGACAAAAAGCUGGAGGCCUCCAGGCCUGACUUCUUCAACCAGGAGUACCAGACCAGGGAUGUGGAUUGUGUCAUCACCACAGGAGAAGUGCUGAAGCUGCUGGAGCAAGAAGGAGUGUCCCUGUCAGAUCUAGAUCCUUCUCCCCUGGACACCAUGCUCGGCGGGGCUGCGGGGCAGCUCAGCUCGCACCGCGGCGGCGGCUCGGGCGGUUUCCUGGAGCACAUCUUCAGCCACGCUGCCCGCGAGCUCUUCGGCAUCCACGGGGCCUCCAUCCACUACAAACCUCUCAAGAACAAGGACUUCCAGGAGGUGACCCUGGAGAGGGACGGAGAGGUGCUGCUGCAGUUUGCUCUGGCCUAUGGAUUCAGGAACAUCCAGAACCUGGUGCAGAAGCUGAAGCGAGGGAAGUGCCCCUAUCACUACGUGGAGGUCAUGGCCUGUCCCUCGGGCUGUCUGAACGGAGGAGGGCAGAUCAAACUGCAGGGGGAAUCCAGCAAGGAGGAGCUGCAGCAGGUGGAGAGGUUGUAUGAGUCCCUGAGGGCUGAGGUUCCAGAGGAAAACCAGGCUGUGAGGGAGCUCUACGAGCGCUGGCUGGGGGGCUGGGGCUCAGAGAGGGCUCUGCAGGUGCUGCACACGCAGUACCACGCCGUGCACAGAGCCAGCUCUGCCCUCAGCAUCAAGUGGUGAGGGCUGGCCAGCCCAGGAGACCCUCAGUGCCUUCUGAACUCGCACUGCUGCUCCUCCAGGGGCUCUGUGCCAUUCCUGCCUCUGGGAAAGUGCCUGGCACUGCUCAUCCCUGCAGCUGGAGGACGAGGUGAUGGCAAUAAACCCCAGGAGUGACAGGGACACGGCAGGAGAGGCAGAAACACGUCCCAGGCUGGUGGGACAGCCCCUCACUGCUCCAGCAGCCCCAGUCCUGCCAGAACCGAGGAGCUCAAGGAUUUAGAGCUGAGCUUUGUGGCACACCCCAGUAUUCCUCCCCCGGGCCUUGCUGGAUUGUCACAGCACUCAGCUCUGUGCUGGAACAGCUCAUCCCAUCAGAAAUGCUCCCAUGAGGCCUGCAGCUCUCCCUCUCACUGCCCUGCAGGGCCUGUGCCCCCAGAGAGGGGAUCCAAAGCCUGGGAUCACCCCUGGGGCUGCCAAGGGACCGGGGUGAGUGCGGGACAAACGCCUGUGAUUCCUUUUCCUUAAAUUAUAAUGAUUCAUACCAA